GAACAUCGUAUAGCCACAUGAAGACCUGAUAUUGACCCUUCAUCUCCUCAAGAGUUCCUUUCUUGUUCUCCUAUGCCCCUCUUCUCCUUUUAUAAUUCUCAACACUAAAUUGGCCCAUUUCUUAUUCUCCCCUUUUCCCUCGAAUUACGGCACGACAAACAAGUACAAAAUUGUUAAUUAAACAUAAUCAAUUAUCAUUAAUAAUCAAUUAAACCAACCAAACACAGAUAGAGAGAGAGAUCUAACACAUAACAUUAUAAUGGGAAUGCAAAUCCACAGCAUUCAAUACAAUCUUUCCCUUGAUAAACUCCUGUUUUCUCCAUCCUUAUUGCCUGCAAAACUUAACAAUAAGAGCAACAAAUUUGGUGGUUUUGAUCCUUUGGUUAAGAAAAACAAGGCUAAAUGGAAGGUGGUUACAGUUUCAGCUGCUGCAUCUUCAUCGGGGAGUGUGCCUGCAGCACCACUUUGGGAUACUUGGUCUCCUGAUAAGGCUACUCCUUCCCCUUCUUUAAGUGAUGUUUUAUGGCCUUCUCUUGGAGCAUUUGCGGGAAUGGCAUUGUUAGGAAAGAUGGACCAAUUACUAGCACCAAUAGGAUUGUCCAUGACCAUUGCUCCGCUUGGAGCUGUUUGUGCUGUCUUGUUCAUCUCUCCUAAAGCUCCGGCUGCUCGGAAAUACAACAUGUUCAUGGCUCAGAUUGGGUGUGCAGCAUUGGGAGUGUUAGCAUACACAAUAUUGGGACCAGGUUGGCUUGCUAGGGGUGCUGCUCUAUCUGCUUCCCUGGCCUUCAUGAUCUACACCAAAUCAACCCACCCUCCUGCUGCAAGUUUGCCACUGCUGUUUAUUGAUGGAGCAAAACUUCAUGGUCUAAAUUAUUGGUAUGCCUUAUUUCCCGGUGCAGCUGGAUGCCUUCUCCUCUCUGUCCUUCAAGAGAUCGUAUACUAUUUGAAGGAAAAUUUCAAAUUUUGAAAUGUGAAAGCAAAUUGUUGUCUGAAUUCAGUACAUUCCCUACAAAAAGAUUUUUGGGGCAGAAAAAACUGCCCAACCAAGACUACUACAUCAGUUAAACAAGGGUAAAUAUGCAAAUUGGAGCUUCAUUCCGUACAAAAUGUAUCGAAAACCCAUUAUUGAUUAAGCAAUUCAUGUAAAUCCGUAUAUUUAGCAUUGUUCAUAUUCUUUGUACAAAAAUUAUGAUUAUUAAUCAUGCAAUAUUAAAUUUAUUAUAAUAAAGCAUACACAUAAGCUUAUUUAUAAUCA